AUGAUGCUUCAGUGCCGUUGCAUAAUGGGAAAUGUAGUUCUGCAGAGUCACGUCUGCGCAUGUGCAUUGGUUUCUAGGCUUUUCCAGCUGACAUGUCGGUGAACUUCGAGGAGAGAAGCGGGGUGGUGCCGUGUAAAACGCCGUGGGGCUGCUGGUACCAGACCAUGGAGGAGGUCUUCAUUGAGGUGCAGGUGUCGCCUGGCACACAGAGCCGAGAUAUCCGAUGUAGACUGGGCAUCAGAGACAUAGCGCUGGCCGUGCGGGACAAGCAGAUCCUCGAGGGACGGCUGUACGAUUCUACAAUAGGUGAUGAAAGUACAUGGACUUUAGAGGACAAAAAACUUAUAAGAAUAGUAUUAACUAAGUCCAACCGGGAUGCAGGCAAUUGCUGGCCCUCAUUACUGGAAGGAGAUUACUCUGCGGAUCCAUGGCUUCAGGAUCAGAUGCAAAAGAAGCUGACAUUAGAAAGAUUUCAAAGAGAGAACCCUGGAUUUGACUUCAGUGGAGCGGAAAUCUCAGGAAAUUACAGUAAAGGUGGACCUGACUUCUCUGCUUUACAAAAGUAAUCUCAUUCUAGUGUGAAAACCAAAUAAAGUUAUCUAAUUAUAUUUUUUAUAUUUGGAAAUAAAAGUAUGGAAAUCUUUUUA